AUGGGUUUCCCCGAAGAGGCGAUCGAAAUCGCCAUGAGCCAAGGGUGCACUUCGACAGCGGAGGCAGUCGACUUCAUCUGCAAUCGAUCAGCGUCUGGCAGAGCAACGACAGUCGCUCCACUACGACUCUCCAAAGGGGUUAAGUCUCAGUUUGGCCAAUCCAGCCUUGCUUCGUCCUCCUCACCUGUUCUCGACCUACCGCCUAAUCCGCCAUCUUCUUCUGGCGAACAGUCUCAGACAGCGGAGGAAGAGGCUGUGGUUAAAAGCCGCUACAAGAUCCUUCAGCCGUCGUUGAGCGCACAGCAGGAAGAGGCGAAAAAGUUGGCGGCGGAACUGCGCGAGGAGAAACGCCGAAAGAUGGAGGAUCGUGAAAGAGUCCUGCGUGAAAUUGAAAGGCAAAAGGCCGCCAAAGCAGAACACGCACAAACCACCUCAACUCAGCCUCCAGUGGCGAAUCCCGCAACCCCUACUGACGCAAAUGUGGAUGCGUCAUUUCAAAUCAAGAUCCGUAUUUCCCUUCCAACGGACUGGCGUCUGCCUGAGAACACUGAGCUAACCGUGGGUCGAUUUGAUAAGUCAGUGGCCACCUUUGGAGACCUGGAGGAUCUUGUUCAGACUUGUCUAGACGCAGUCACCGUUCUAGAUCACACCACACUAUCACUUCACCUGCCCUGCGUGUCCCUCUUCACAACUGAUUGGCCAAGACGUCGGCUUCAGGGCGACUCGAGGUCGCAAUUGUUGACGGACCUCGGUAUCGUGGAAAACAUGGGUGUUAUUGUGGUUCAUGACGCAAGUAUCUGUCGUGCACCGUCGGAGAGGGAAGAUCCAGCUGAGGAGGUCGAGCCAUCUGCUCCUGCCGAACCCUCCUCGCCUCCACCGUCUACUCCUCCUCCUCCUCAACAGGAACCAACUCAUCCAGACCCAGUCGAGCAUGAAGACGAAGAAGCCGAAGAUGCAGAGAAUGAGGUUGUGGACGCGGACUAUCGAUCCGUCACCCACACACCACAGCCCCCAUUUCGUGUUUCUCGAACACCAGGCAGGCCCGGCUCGGCCGCAAUUUGGCGCUCCUACAGACCACAGACUGCGCCCCCGGACAACGCACCGCCCGCAGCUGCACCGUCGACAGGAACCCUCAGCCUAGUUCGGCCCCUCAGGAAACUCUGCAUGGACUUCCUGGUUGACCUCGUCGAUCGCGCCGUCAAUGGGGGUCCCGGGAGUGACAUCCACGCCGCCCUGGAGCGUCUGGCGUCUGUGCCGGCGGACAGCGGUGUGCUGGGCACCACGCGGACCCUCCACUCACUGGCUUUCGCGUGGCCUGAGGCCCUGGGAGUGGCGUUCAUGCGUGAACUCUGCAGCAAGGGCCUCUUCAACGUGCGCUCUGCCUUCCUCCUUCGAAAUUGCGUGUGCUGCCUUGAUUUGGACUACUACGAUUUGGUGACAAGCGACCUGGUAAUCUGUCUCACUCGUCACUGGCCUGGUUUGGUGGAACUCCGCCUGAAGGGACUCGGAGCGUUUCAGGUCUCGAGUUACGCCAUCGAACAGAUCGGCAGACUUCAAAAUUUGCAAGUGCUUCACUUAGACGGCUUGGAUGGAGUCAACAAUUUCACGAUUCCUUCUAUCGCAAGCCUUCCGAAACUGCGUAUCCUACGAGUUGCGUCUACAAAAAUCUCGGACGCGGGUUGGCGGGAUCUUGCUUCGCGUCUGGACGACGACACUGGCGAAGCCUUCGUUCCCGCGCCGUUGCGGUAUUUAAACAUUUCGGCGAUUGAGGACUUCACCGACGUGGGUCUUGCUGCUGUCGUCCGACUUUUUCCCCAACUGAAAGGGCUUGUUAUCGCCAAAACCGAGGUAACGGGUAUCGCCCCCGUGCUUUCCCAAGCCCCUCGGUUAGCCUCCCUGCUGCGACUGGAUGUGAGUGGGUGCGGGCGUCUCCUGCAAAUCCCACCCUGCCUCCUUCCCACCUCACCUGUGCUGGCUCGUGUUGAGCUGAGGGGCUGUGAUAGGAUUCGCGUCGAUCGGGUGCUCAGUCAAUUGGGCGGACAGCCAAUUGAAAAACUGGACGGCUUUCAUUGCUUGCCUAAACUCACCCGCGAGCAUCUGCAGUGUUUGGCAAAGAAGAAAUUUCCACUUCGUGAGCUGGAGCUUUCCAGUCUGCCCACAGCAAAUCUGAAGCUUGCUGAUCUGUCUCAAAUGUUGAGGGAUCUUGAGGUACCCAGUCUCUCGCGUCUCCUCCUGCCACUGACACCGUUACCUGUCGAAGGUGAAGAAGAUUUGGCGUUUUUCAUGGAUGCCUUGUCCGGUCUCACUCAGCUCACAUAUCUUGACUUGGGCGACCAGGCAGCCAAGUUAACCCCUGAUCAACUGUAUUCCCUCGGACAGCGACUUUGUCUCUUGACAUCUCUCGUAGCCAGGAAUUUAUCGGCCGAACAGGAGAGGCGUUUGUUGGCAAGUCUGCCUCAGAUAUGCAAAAUGAGGGUUACCUACACGACAGACGCGUAA